CAGGUGAGAUGAAGAGACAGGUAUAAAAGGGUGGUGAUGAGACAGAUACAGUACCCAGGUCCUUGCUCCCAGCAGGCAUAUCUCACGGCGAUAUCGAGACUCCGCACCGGUGACACCAUUCGACACCAUGGCAGCCAGUCUGACGCCAGAGGAACUCAAAGACUACCGCCAGACCUUCGACAUGUUCGACAAGGACCGCAGCGGCGGCGUCAGCCUCAAGGAGCUGGGCGACAUCCUCAAGGCCACCGGCCUGGACGUCAGCAGCGAGCAGCUCUCACGUCUCAUCUCCAAGUACGACACUAACGGUGACGGGGACAUCGACUUCGAGGAGUUCACGCGCCUCAUCACGGAGAGCGAGGUGGCGGCGGCCGUGGCGGGGGCCCGCAUCUUCAAGGCCAUCGACACAGACGGCAGCGGCAGCGUGUCCGCCUCCGAGCUGCGCACCGCCCUCGACAAGCGGGGUGUGGGGCUGACGGAGGGCCAGCUGCAGCAGAUGAUCAGCGUGGCGGAGAAGAGCGGACAGCUGUCCUUUGAAGACUUUCUUCGAAUAGUGUCCAAGUAGACACACCUGCAGUCACGUUUGUGACAGGAACGACAGUAGAUGGCGUCCUGCUGACGGCCUCCAGUCUUGGACUGACCACUGACACCUGCUGACGGUUGGACUACGUUAAACUAGUUUAGUCUUGAAAUGUUGGAAUAAAUUAAUUUGCAACUUUGUCAACAA